UUUCUCCUUUAAAUAAAUAAUUUGUUCUCGCUGUGAACUGCCGACGGAAAACCCUAGCCAAAACCCCGUAGUUGAUCCUUGAUCGAUGGAGUCCAUGGAUAAGCUUAAGCUGGGGCUCCGAGCUCUCCUGCCGGAGCCGAACGCAUCCUCCGGAUUCUCCUCUCCUGGUCAAACCGAAGUUCUUGUUCGCCGUGCUUCCAUCGGGCGGGUGGUUUCUCUAUCGACCUGUGGUAAGAUUUGUGCAUUCAGCUUUGUCGUAGGAGUUGUUGUCGGCUUCACGCUAAAGAGACGCUUGAGGAACUGGGCGAAAAGGCUGCUCAAAGGAUUGAAGGACGAUUAAAGCUCGCAAAUGAUGGAUAUGUUCUUCAUAAUCAUCCACCCCUACCCCCAUGAUGUACCUCAAAUUUACACAUCUCUUAAACGCUGAUAUUUGUUGGAUAUUCAAUGCCUUUUGUGAUUACGAUUGUGCACGACUUAGAGGUCACGGAUUCGAAUCGUGGAAAAAAAAGAAACUUUUAGGAUAAGAUUGUGAACCCUAGACUCAAUGUGGUCGGAUAUUUUUCUAGUAUCUCUUUUGUUGUUCGUUUUA